AUGCUUCGAUUACGUUUUCAUGCAUCGUGGUUACCCUCUGAUCAUAAUCAAUUUUGGACACUAUUUGAUUGUGCAAACAAUAUAAAAACUAUCCAUGAUUUAAUUGAAUAUUUCAAUGAACAACAAAAAUCUCUUGCUGAUUGUUAUAAUUUUGAUAUACCAAAACGUUCGACAAAAUUAAAAUAUCUUAAAGCAUUUAUUAAUGAUUGUGUUUUACCUCCUAAUGCUCAGGCAAAUCAUAUGCUUCGAGAUAAUGAUGAAAUCCAUUUUCGUUUAGAAAUUGAUGCACAAAACGAAUGGCUUCUUGUUAAAGCUCCCCCAAGUUUAAAACGGAAACGAUCUAUUGAACCUGACAUUGCUCCUUCUUCUCCUCCACGGGAAUCAGCACCAGCACCACCUUCGACCAAUGAUCUCGAUUCUAUUCUUCGAACCAUGGCGAAACCAAUAGAAACAAAUUCACCCGAACAAAGUUCGUUUACAUUUCGAUUUGGUAAUAAACGCGGUCGUCCUAUUCCACCACGUCCACAAGUCAUCUCAGCAGUCAAAGUUAAUUCAUUAGUUCCACGACAAGUAAUAAAAAGAAUAGACAAUAAAACAUAA